GAAGGCUACGCUAAACCCCGAAGACGAAGAAGACUGGUUUGUUUUGAAUUUAUAGUAGCUAGUAGCUCAGUAGUGUUGUGACAUGUACACCAACAAGUUUGGCCGCCUCAUGUUAGGGCUACACUUUCUUAAAACGACCGCUGUUUGCGGUGUGGUCCAUUGGGCCGCGGGUCGAAGCGGGUUCAGCUGGACUGCGGUGUGCAAACAGCGGACACUGUGGCUGCGGAGGAGCACCUGUCGGGAGAUGGAGCGACGUUCCCUGCUGCGUCAUACCGGUUCUCAGUCAGCCUCCCAAACCACCGUGGACCCCGAUGAGCUGAGGAGGUUCCAGUCGUUGGCCUGCAAGUGGUGGGAUGAACAGGGAGAAUUUGCAGCUCUUCACGCCAUGAACGACCUGAGGGUGCCUUUUAUACGGGAUAACCUGCUGAACUUGCACAGAGCGCGUCAUCCCGGGAAGCCACUCGCAGGACUGAAGAUCCUGGAUGUUGGCUGUGGAGGAGGCCUGCUCACAGAGCCCCUGGGUCGCCUGGGAGCUAAAGUUUUGGGUAUAGAUCCAGUGGAAAACAGCAUUGGCACCGCCCAGCUACAUUCAUCCUUCGACCCGGACCUAUGCGAGCGAGUGUCCUACCAAGUCUGCACCCUGGAAGAGCUUUCAGGAGGAGAGGAGGAAGGCGUGGGCCACUUUGAUGCUGUGGUGGCGUCUGAAGUUGUGGAACAUCUGGCUGACGUGGAAACAUUCGCCUUCUGCUGCAGCCAAGUGCUGAAGCCUGGCGGCUCACUCUUCAUCACGACUAUGAAUAAAACCAACCUGUCAUACGUGCUGGGUAUUGUCGUAGCGGAGCAGCUGCUGCACAUCGUGCCCAGCGGGACGCACGACUGGGAAAAGUUCAUUAGCCCUGUAGACCUGGAGCGCCUCCUGGAGUCAACUGGUUUCUCAGUGCAGUCUGUCAAAGGAAUGCUGUACAAUCCCCUACUGAGAGCCUGGAGCUGGAGCGACAGCACUGCCAUCAACUACGCCCUCCACGCCAUCAAACUCAGCAAACAGGCUGAAGACAGCGGCCUCCACCCAGAGGACCACACCGCAGAAACUCACAGCUGAGCCACUCCACUUGAGAACAAAUCCGAAAAUGAAAAUAAUGACUCGCACGCGUGUGGUCGUGACAUCCUGUCGGCCAGCUGUGACGCAGCGCAUGAGACUGAGUUUAUUCGAGGAAAGGGACAAACUUGCCUCCAGAUAGAAUUAGAUGUGCUGCAUUUGCUGGACCUAUUGACACUGUAGUCUGCUCUUGGAGCGCUGAAUAAAUGCCUAGUGUUUGAUAAGCUGCGUAAGGCAGCAGUGCAUCUUUUAAUUGUGUAAUCAUUUUCAGCAUAUGUUGUUCUUCAUAAGUGUGGUGUUUUAGGCUGACUGUUUAACAAUUUGCAAAUCCGCCAUUAAAACUGACCUUACAUCAGUUGCAUUUCUCAAGAUUGAA